AUGCUUCCGACGCCGUCGGACUUCAAGAACGCAGAUGCCUCUGUGGAUAGCGCGCUACAUCCGACAACUCCUCCUCCUUUGCCCCCUAAGCCUGGCGGAGUCGAAUCUAAGGGCGUGCCGCACAACACCAAUACUGAAGCUUGGCCCGCGCUACCAAAGCGACAGCCACCGCCACAGCUGAAGCUACAGCCGAAGCAACCGCCGGGGCCACAGCCAAUGGCACAGCUGAAGCCACAGCUGAAGCCACAGUCGAAGCCAGAGGUAGUACCACAGCCGAAGCCACAGCCGGAGCCACGACCGAUGCCACAGCCGAUUUCGCAGCCGGAGUCACAGCCGGACCCACGGUCACAUCAAAGGAUACAGCGCACUGCGGUAGAGUCCACAGCGCCGACUCCCGAUAAAUUGUACGAAGAAGACCGGCAACUGGAAGUGAUAUGCUUCGGUCCCUCAUAG